AUGCAAAAGCAAGGCACGAUGGUCCUUGUUGGUGCGAGCAACUUCUCUGCCUUGAUGUUGUGCUCCAGAAAGGUCGUGCGUUAUGUGUUUUUCAAACGUUGUCUUUUGCGGAAUCUUUGUACGUCAAGUGCAGAACCAGAAACCAUAGCCACUAAAAUUGAUGGAAAGAUACGUGCUCUUUCCACACAAGGCAACAUUGAAGAAGCUCUUUCACUUCUUUACACCCACUCUUCUCUAUCCCUUCAAACCUAUGCCUCUCUGUUUCAUGCUUGUGCUCAGAAAAAGUGCCUCCAACAUGGCAUGGCUCUGCACCAUUACAUGCUGCAGAAAGACCCCACAAGUCAAAAUGACCUCUUUCUCACCAAUCACAUCCUAAACAUGUACUGCAAGUGUGGACACUUAGCUUAUGCCCGAUACAUGUUUGAUCAAAUGUCACGUAGAAACAUUGUUUCUUGGACUGUUCUCAUUUCGGGGUAUGCCCAAUCAGGGCUGACCAGAGAGUGUUUUUCUCUCUUCUCUGGCUUGCUGACUCACUUUCGCCCCAACGAAUUUUCAUUUGCAAGUUUGGUUAGCGCGUGUGAGGAGCAUGACAUUAAAUGUGGCAUGCAGGCACAUGCAGUUGCUUUGAAAAUUUCCUUGGAUGCCAAUGUAUAUGUUGCAAAUGCUCUUAUUGCAAUGUAUAGCAAGCACUCUGGUUCCAGCGGAGGUUAUGAUGGGGCAGCGGAUGAUGCGUGGACCGUGUUCAAGUCAAUGGAGUUCCGAAAUCUUGUAUCUUGGAAUUCAAUGGUUGCAGGUUUUCAACUUCGUGGACUUGGGGACAAAGCCAUUAGCCUGUUUACACAUAUGUACUGCAAUGGAAUUGGGUUUGAUCGUUCUACGCUGCUUAGCGUCUUUUCUUCACUGAAUGAAUGCGGUGCUUGUGAUGACAUUAACGUACAUCUCAGGAAAUGUUUUCAAUUGCACUGUUUAACUGUUAAAACCAGUCUUAUUACAGAAAUUGAAGUGGUAACUGCAUUGAUAAAAUCAUAUGCCAAUCUUGGCGGAAGCAUUUCUGACUGCUAUAGGAUCUUCCUUGAUACAAGUAGCCAACUGGAUAUUGUGUCAUGGACUGCUCUUAUUUCUGUGUUUGCAGAACGGGAUCCUGAGCAGGCUUUCCUCCUUUUUUGUCAACUUCAUCGUCAAAAUUAUUUGCCAGACUUGUAUACAUUCUCAAUUGCGUUAAAAGUUUGUGCAUAUUUUGUGACUGAGAAACAUGCAAUGGCUGUUCACUCACAAGUAAUUAAAAAAGGGUUUCAGGAAGAUACCGUUCUCUGUAAUGCCUUGAUACAUGCUUAUGCAAGGUGUGGCUCGUUAGCUUUGUCUGAACAAGUGUUUCAUGAAAUGGGCAGCCGUGAUUUAGUUUCUUGGAAUUCAAUGCUCAAGUCUUAUGCCAUACAUGGGAAAGCUAAAGAUGCACUGGUGCUCUUCCACCGAAUGGAUGUCUAUCCAGAUUCAGCUACCUUCGUUGCACUUCUCUCAGCUUGCAGUCACGUUGGACUUGUUGAUGAAGGAGUGAAAUUGUUUAACUCGAUGUUUGAUGAUCACUGUAUAGUUCCUCAACUAGAUCACUAUUCCUGCAUGGUUGACCUUUAUGGACGAGCUGGAAAGAUAGUUGAGGCUGAGGAGUUGGUACGUAAAAUGCCGAUGAAACCUGAUUCUGUGAUUUGGAGUUCAUUACUUGGAUCUUGCCGAAAGCAUGGUGAGACUCGCUUAGCAAAAUUAGCAGCCGAUAAAUUUAAAGAGUUAGAACCAAACAAUUCAUUGGGAUAUGUGCAAAUGUCAAACAUAUAUUCCUCUGGCGGUAGUUUUACAGAAGCUUGUUUGAUUAGGAAGGAAAUGAGUAGCCAUGAAGUGAGAAAAGAACCAGGAUUAAGCUGGGUUUGA